CAUAUACUGGUACUCGACGUCGACAGCACCCUUGUUAGUUGUUAAUUCAUCCACCGUAGCGCUACUUGAUUUGUUUAUUUGUCGGUGGUAUUUGACAAUCAUUUCGUAACCGCAACCCGAUUAAGUUAGAUCUAUAUCUUCACCGAGAUGAUCGCAAAGGCGGGUAAUAUCGCUGUGUGUACAGGCAGUUUUAUCUACACGUUUUACGUAUUAUGUCAUUUCACGUAUUUUUUAUCAAAUCACAAUGAAAAUCAAAAAUCCAUGGUUGGCACCACAGCAGGAGAAUCCUUAGUCGUAACCACGAUAUGGACAUUGCUGACUGAUGCAUGCUUACUUGGUGCAUUCAUACUUCAGCACUCUAUAAUGGCUUGUGAGGCUGUGAAAAAUAUUUACCGACGGCUUGAGGUCCAAGAUAUAGAGCGCAGUGUUUACAAUGCUGCAACUGCAGCUGUGAUACAUUUCCUAAUAAGUAAUUGGCAAGCUGUCCCAUGGGCAACGGCAUGGAACAUCAAUACUUUCCACAGCUCCAAACUGUGGCUGAUAUUUACCAGUAUACACUUUUUUGGAUGGCUCAUGAUAUACAGUGGUUGUGUCAUGAUGGAUAUUUCUGAGCUAGCAGGUCUUAAACAGGUUUAUUAUAAAAUAUCUGGUAGGCAACAACCAUUGACUUUAAAGUGUGAGGAGCUGAAACGGUUUUACGCCCAUAUGAGGCACCCUAGUUUUACAGGAUUCCUUCUUAUACUGUGGAUUCAUCCAUUUAUGAGUGCUGACCGGAUAUUGCUUGCUGGCUUGCUCACUGCAUACAUGAUCUUGAUGUGGACUAUCGACGAAAAGGAUUGUACCUAUCAUAGAUCGGCGCUACAAAUGAAACGUAGAGAGCUUUACUAAGUGUACUUAUUCAUAUCUUUCAUGUGUAUGUAUUUCAGUUCUCCUGUCUUUGUAUCUUAUUUAAGUUUAUACGUGUAUCUUUCGGUGUUUCCGUGUUAGCUAGAAUUAGAUAAACCCCCCUAGGACAUCGAUGUGGGUUUCAAUCUGAAUUCAGCGGUCAUUUGCAGUACUGAUCAAUAACUAUUAUUUUGUUUGAUAACUAACUUAUAUUACAUGUCUCUGGCCAGUGUGUAAAGUACAAUAAUAUUUUCCAUUGUAAUUUGUAAUAAAAUAUAUAUUAAUACAUGAA